UCGUGGCUUCCAUAAAAAGCAAGCGGUGGUUGCACGUCGGGUUUGGAGAGGAGUUAUAAAACAAACAAUUCUGAAUUGAUAAUGACUGACACCGAAGCGCAAAGCGCUUCUCCACCGGCACUGGUGGAAGAUAAUCCUCAACCUGAGAGAAAAAUCAUAGCAACGUUGGUCCAGGGCACAGUGAAAUGGUUCAAUGUGCGGAAUGGAUAUGGCUUCAUUAACAGAAAUGAUACCAAAGAGGACGUCUUUGUUCAUCAGACUGCCAUCAAGAAGAACAACCCGCGCAAGUUCCUCCGCAGCGUCGGAGACGGCGAAGUCGUAGAGUUUGACGUGAUCGAAGCGGCUAAGGUCAGAGUCGACGCUAGAGCAAAGGGCGGCUUCCAUCCACCGACCCUAGAACAAUGGGGGUCCGAGGCGGCCAACGUCACGGGCCCCGGCGGCGUCCCGGUGAAAGGCAGCCGCUACGCACCCAACAAACGGCGCUUCAGACGCCGCUUCUUCCCGCGCAGCCCUAACCCGGACGACCCGGACAAGGGGGCCGCGGACCAGGACCUCCCGUCCGACGGCGAGGGCCGGCCUGAGAGUGAGGCGCCGCGCCCGGCCCCAAGGCGUCGAGGGCCCCGGAGACCCCGACAGGAGGGUGAGGUCGAGGGAGUGAGCGGUGACCCCGCCGAGGGCGACCAGCAGAGACCACCGCGCCGCAGAUUCCGCCCCCCCUUCCGAAGGCAAUUCCGUCCCCGUCCGCCUGCGGCACUUCAAGGGGAGGAGGAGGAGCCUGAGGGGCAGGAGGAGGAGCCUGAGAGGCAGCAGGAGGAGCCCGAGGGGGGGGCUGAGGUGGUCCACACUGUAGGGGACGAGCAGCUGCUGGAUGUGAAGCCCCCGGAGCCCCCGGGAGACCCUCUGGGCGACGGGGAGCUGGCGGAGGGCCAAGGCCAGAGGCACCGGCGACAGUUCGGGCGUCGCAGGCAGAGGAACUCUGACUCCUCCGCCGCAUCUAAAAAUGGAACAGAGAAAUCUGCCUCCGAGCCCAGCACGCCUCCGCCUGUCUCAAAGCCAUCAGUCCUCGCCACUCCUCCACCUGCCUCAAAGCCGUCGGACCUAAAGUCCUCGCCAAAGUCUCCCAAGUCCUCGCCAAAGUCCUCUCCCAAAACCACAAAAUCCCUUGAGUCGCCUGCCAAAACGGUUCCCACGGCAACGGAAUGACUCCGGGGAGAGACUCCAGCGUCGCGAUGCCCACGGAAAGAGGUGGGGGCACGGUGUUGGGUGCGUGCGAUCCUGAGUCCGGGGGUUAAUGCGGCCGGUGCAAUAGGUCUCACCUUAGCCAUCGCUCAUUGAUGAUGUUGUUUUAACCAAAAACUUGUUUUGUAUGGAAUUUAUAUAUACAUUUUCUUUUUUACUGAAAAUGCAGGUGUGUACCUCUUCUGGUGGUCAGUGAGCCAUUUCCUUUAUUUAUUUUUUGUUUGGACGGUGUGGGCCUCGGCACUAAUCUCUGGCCUUGUGUCCGGCGCUACGGGCUGGGACUGGGUCCACCGCCACCGCACCUGUACCACUUUCCCCCCCCCCCCCCCAUGUCCCCAAGCCC